CGGGGCCCGGACCGGAAGCGCUGCCCGGAGCCGUUCUCCCCCGCAGCGGUGGUGCCGGCGGAGCGGUUUCCGCUAUGGAGGGCGCCGGCCCGGCCUCGAGCUCGGGGGCUGCGGGGCGGCCGCUGACGGAGGACGAGAUGGCCGAGGUGAAGAAGGAUGCUUUAGAAAGGAUGCGUCCUUACCUGUGUGAUAAAAUUAUAGCUGAGAGACACUUUGAUUACCUACGUUCAAAGAAAAUACUCACGAGAGAGGAUACAGAAGAAAUUUCUUCUCGAUCUUCCAGUAGGAAAAAAACUGGGAAGUUACUGGACUACUUAGCAGAAAACCCAAAGGGACUAGAUGCUUUGGUUGAAUCUAUCAGACGAGAAAGAACACAAAACUUUCUGUUACAAAAGAUAACUGAUGUAGUAUUGAAAGUCAAAAAUGAAAAACUUGAAGCUCUCAAAGGUCUAAGCUGCAGCACCUGUAUGACCUCGCUGUAUGGAGGAACAAAUGAUCUUUCUAGAUCGUUUUCUGAUGAAUCUAAUUUUUUUGAUAAAACAAAAGACAAAGAAUCUACCCAGAUACAUCAUCCAGAAGAAGAUUAUAGCACUGCUGCAUUUGUGUCUGCUGUCUCACUUCAUUCAAUGAAUUUACCGAUUGCAGAGAUGGGAAAUGCGGAGUGUGCUGUUUUCUCAGCAACCCUUCCAGGGCCUGGAGACCCUGGUGCACCCCCACUCCCCCCAGAGCUCCAGUCAGAGCAGCAGGAACCAUGUACUAGUUCAAGUGACAAUUGCUUUUUGCCUUUAAGAUCACGUUCUCUUCAACCACAGUGAACGUAGUGACUUUUGUCUGUUCAUCCAAAUGGUACUGAAACUUUGUGUGGUGCCUUAUAAAAAUUAAAAAAAUGUGUUCAAACUGUUACCUAGCAAAAUCAGAGAAAACAAUCUAUGCUAUUUACUGGUUUUAAGUAGUAAUUUUUUUAAUUUUUUUUUUUUUUUUUUAAUUGGGUUACUCUGGAGCUGCUUAAUUUUAUGUUCUUUAGGAAGCUUCUUCAAAAUAUGGUAUUAUACCAGCAAAGGUUUGUUUUUUAAACCAAUGUAUUCAAGGUUUCACAUUUUGCUGCAGAUAUUUAAACUGCAGUUAUAGAACAAUUAUUUUUUUUCUUCCUACAGAAACCAACAAAUUUGCUUUUCUGAAUGUUUUCAUGACAAGUGAACUGGGAAAGAUAGUUAGGAAAAGUAUUGAGUGUCAAAAAAUAACUUUCUAAACUAAAAGCUUAAGCUUACUUACCAAAAAGCUUAAACUUGUUUACCAAAUUUAGUGUUUCUCUGUAGGAUAAAUUCUGCCCUCUGCAUAUGUGUGUGCAACUCCGUUUGAAAAAAAAACAAAAAAACAAAAAACAAAAAACCCAAACAAAAAAACCCCUGAAUCCAGCGAAAUCUGUAGCUAUGCUUAUUUGCAAGGUGUCUUUUAAUUGUCUGAACUUUGUCCUACUAGUAAGUCAACAGGCACUCAGUAUCGCAGCGAUUCGAGUUAGCAAAUAUACUUCCACAAGUCUUAGCAUAUUAUUCUUGUGUAUUAGUUAAACAUUUCUGAUUUGAGAUGCACUUUAAAUAUAAAUCCUCAUUAGUACUGGAAAAGGAAUGUAAACUGCUGUAACAGCAUCAUGUGGGCUGUAAGAAAAUGUUGUUGUAUAAUGCUAUUAAGGAGCAAAGCUUCUAUGUUUUGCCCCAGUAGGUAAGUAGAGGAGUCGUCCUGUAGCAAGAAGGUAUCCAUACCUGAAGGACGCUUGGAAAUGGUGCACUUCAGAUACCUACUCUUCAAACAGAUAGGGAAGUUUAUGUUUCAAAUUGUUCAGUGUCAAAUGCAUUUUAAACUGUUUCAACAUGGGAAGGUUCUCAUUUCUCGACACAAGAGUACACAUGCUGUAUUCCUCUCACACUCUACUCUUGAGUUGUAGUCUACUUUUUGUUAAGUAUAUAAUCACUUUAAUAUUACUAGCAAAGACAAACUCCUACUUGGAAAUGUGUUACGCUCUGUUCUGCAGUACUACACUUUGAAGUGAUGGGAUGUUUUCGGUGUAUCAAAGGGUAGGUUUGUAUUUAAACCUUAAUUAUUUUGGCGCUCAUACAGUGCUAUAGCUGUGUAAUUGCAUUCAAAUUCAAACCCAGGUGAUAUUUCUAAACUGUGUUCUCUUUUUGUGGAGACAGGCCAUCUGCAGGACCUCAAUAUAGUCUCUAAAUUUUUUUCGUGUUUACUCUGGUUUAGGAAGUAGGCUAAAAUAAACUACAAUGUCCAACUACGCUCCAUGCUUGGUACACAAAUAGCUUACAUUUGAUAAAGAUGUGGGCUUCUGUUUAGUGUUUAUAAAAGUCUUGUUUUCCUUGUAUACAUCUAAGAUCAUAAACCUUCCGGAUGAUGACAGUGCUUUUCAACAAAACUGCUUGGUUCAGAAGGCAUAAGCAACAUUUUGCUCUCUAACAAAAAAAAAUUGAGGGUAGGCUUUAAUCCUUCUAUUCCAUUAACUUGAAAUGUAGUUGUACAUGCUGGGGCUGUCUGGAAAUUGAUUUGUCUAAAUGCCUGCUGUAACCACUUAAAGAGCUGGGCUUAGGUUUGGGUCCCUUCUUGGAAUCUUGUAAAUGGAGGAGCACGAACAAGCUUGCUCUUAGCUGAAAAAGAGCAUCAGCUCAGGGUGAAGACUGCCUUGCACAUCUAAAUCUGAACACGUGAAGCAUGCUGCCUGCCUGUGAGGGAUCGCUCCUGCGGUGGGGCCUGUUAACCUGAGACUUUAGAUGAAUGUAUUGUCUUACCAAAUGUUUAUAAUCUGCAUUUAAAAAAAAAAUAAAUUUUAUCACAACUUUUGGAAUAAA